AUGGUGGACGGUGCGAUCCGAUACACCGCUGGCAUAUACCGGACGUGUCGUCAUGAAAACGCGACUCAACCGGAUAUUAAAGAGUAUCGAAAGGAAAGUGGAAGAAACGGAAUCACAAUGAACACUCGAGGACUCCGCUCUCAACUCAGAGACAGCGUACCUGUGGCCGGCUUAUGUCCCCAGGGAGCUUAUGGAGUGCAGGACUCUCUUCGUAGCGGCUUUUCCAGUGUAAAGAAUGAGCUCCUUCCAAGCCACCCAUUGGAGCUGUCUGAAAAAAAUUUCCAGCUGAACAAGGACAAGAUCAAUUUCUCUACACUCAGGAACAUCCAGGGUCUUCAUGCUCCACUCAAAUUGCAGAUGGAGUACAGGGCAGCUAGACAGAUCCAGCGUCUGCCGUUCUUACAGAGUUCAAACCUGGCUCUGGAUACGCUGCAAGGCAGCGACGAGGCCAUCGGCUUUGAGGACAUCCUGAACGAUCCAGCUCAGAGCGAAAUGAUGGGCGAGCCACACAUGAUGGUGGAAUACAAACUGGGCCUGUUGUGAAAGAAGAUGCGCACACGCACACACACAAUACACACAAAACACAAGUACACACAAAGAUUCAUUCAGCAUUCAGUACUGAUUUUGUUUGAAUUUCUAAUAAACUUCAUAACCUUC